UCCAUCCCAUCUCCCGCAGCUUUUUUCUCCCCUCUGUGCACUAGAGCUUCACGAUUCUCUCUCCCAUUUUACACACAGUACACGCACUAACAGUGCUAUCAAACAUCUAUAUCCACACGAAUCCAAGCUCAAUACGAAAUUUAAAUGGGAUUUCCAGUGGGAUACACUGAUAUUUUUCUACCAAAACUGUUGGUUCACCUACUAACAAUCAUGGGAUUCAUUCGCAAAUCAAUUUGUGCAGUGUUUUCUUUACUGGGCCUCAGUGAUUUCCUUGAGCCUGAAAUGGCGUACCCGACCCAGAUGGAUACUGAACCGGAGCCCCGUUCCGUGUCAGCUGUGCUGAUCCGAGAGCUUCUGCCAGUGGUGAAGUUCUCCGACUUGGUCGUAUCGGAUCAACCAGAUAACUGUGCUGUUUGUUUGUAUGAAUUUAACGGCGAUGAUGAGAUCCGACGGCUGACGAAUUGCCGACAUAUAUUCCACCGGAGCUGCCUGGACCGUUGGAUGGACCAUGAUCAGAAGACAUGUCCACUCUGCCGGACGCAGUUUAUACCGGAGGACAUGCAGGAGGCAUUCAAUGAGAGGCUGUGGGCGGCUGCCGGCAUUUCGGACUUCUACGGCGAGUAUUCGCCGAUUACUACGGGUUUGUAGUCCUCUUUUUUAUAUUUUUUACUCUUUUUAUGGGGGCGAGGGGGUUGAUGUGGUAAAUGUAAAUAUUACAAUGAAAAAUAAAAAUGAAGAGGAAAAUAUGGAUUUUAAUAUAUUUUUGGUUCCUAUUGAA